AUGGCGGCGGCGGGCGGCGCGGCGGGGCUGGCAGCGCUGCUGGGCAGCGCCUCCCCGCACCUCCUGAUCGUCUCCGCCGCCGAGGAGCCCGCGGGCGGCGGCCACCCCGAUACCGACCUCCUGCUCUUCGCCACGCCGCAGCCCACCCGCCCCGGCGCCGCGCCCAGACGGCCCGCGCUGGGCCGCCCGCCGGUGAAGAGGAAGCUGAACUUGGAGACGGACCACCAGUACAUAGCGGAGAGUUUGCCAGUGAGCCGGGGCAAGGCCAGGAACCCCGCUAAAGGGGCAAAGUCUCCUGGAGAGAAGUCCCGCUAUGAAACCUCCCUGAACCUCACCACCAAGCGCUUCCUGGAGCUGCUGAGCCAGUCCCCAGAUGGUGUGGUGGACCUCAACUGGGCGGCCGACGUCCUGAAGGUGCAGAAGAGGCGCAUCUACGACAUCACCAAUGUCCUGGAGGGCAUACAGCUCAUCACCAAGAAGUCCAAGAACCACAUCCAGUGGCUGGGCAGCCAGGCCACGGUGGGAGCGCCAGGCCGGCACCGGCUGCUGGAGAAGGAGCUGCGGGAGCUGCAGGCGGCCGAGCGGCAGCUGGAUGACCUCAUCCAGAUGUGCACGGUGCAGCUGCGCCUGCUCACCGAGGACCCCGCCAACCAGCACGCAGCCUAUGUCACCUGCCAGGACCUCCGCAGCAUUGUGGACCCCGCGGAGCAAAUGGUGAUGGUUAUCAAAGCCCCCCCAGAGACCCAGCUGCAGGUCUCAGACCCAGCAGAGGCAUUCCAGGUCUCCCUGCGAAGCACUCAGGGCCCCAUCGAUGUGUUCCUCUGCCCCGAGGACAGCUCUGGGGUCUGCAGCCCCGUCAAGAGCCCCUUCAAAGCCCCUGCAGAGGACUCUUCUCCCAGCCAUUCCCAGCCCAGAGCCUCCCUGCUCCUGCAUCCUGCCCAGGAUGUGAACAUGCCGCUGCUGCCUGGAGAGCAAGAAGCGCUGCUGCCAGGGCCGAGCGCAGCGCCCAGCAAGAGCCCGGAGGAGGAGGAGGAGGAGGUGAGCCUGUCCCCACUGGCCUCCAUGGACAUCCUGCUGGAGCAGAGCAGGGAGGACUUGGCGGGUUUCUUGGCCGAUGAGUUCAUCAACCUGUCGCCGCCGCAGGCGCAGGACUAUCACUUCGGGCUGGAGGAGGGCGAGGGCAUCAGCGAGCUCUUCGACUGCAACUUUGGGGACUUCACCCCCUUGGACUUCUGA